UGGUUAGAAAGGUGUAUGAUUCUGAUAGUUUAUGAAGAUAAGAUGUCGGCUAGUGAGUUUAAACUUUCAACGCUAGAAAUGCUAUUUCGAAGCUCACUUGAAGAUCCAGACAUUAGUCUGAAAGAUUAUGUGGAUGGUUAUGAGCAGGUUUACAAGUUUUUGAGCUUGCUUGGAACUCUGUUCGGAUGGGUUGGGGCUGAUGUUCAGGUAAAGGUUGACAACAUAAGGAAGCAUAUGGUAGGAGAGAAAUCCCAGCACUACACUACAGUCAGAGCUAUGAUUGAGUACGAGAAUGAAAGUGGAUUAAUCUUGUGGAAGAAAACAAGCGAUUUAAGCGGAAGCAGAAACCUUCUUAUUCUACACAGAGCGCUGCAGUAUGUUGUUGCUUUCCUUGCCAAAUUAGAAAAUAUUGAUGAAGAGGAGAAGUGCACCAAUAUUUCACGAGAAGCAUACGAGUCAACACUAAUGAAAUAUCAUCCUUGGGUGGUUCAGAAAGCUGCCAAGGUUGCGAUGAACCUCCUCCCGACUAAGAAAGCUCUAGUCUUGAAAAUUGCUCCUUCAGGGGAACAAGAGGAGAUAAACAAAGCUUACGCAGAAUUCCCGAAUGCCGUGUCGAGUAUGGAAAGAGCGUAUGAUGUAAUUGAUAAACUAAUAGAACAAUAUAACCUACAAUCUCUUAAAGUCCAAUAAAUUAUUUAACAUUUAUAAA